AGACGCCUCACGGAACUGACUAACUUGCUGAUUACGCUAUGCAGAUUUCAAAGGUUUUCUGCUUAAUAUUCGCUUGUUUUGCUGCACAAAUUUACUCGGCAUUCGGAGGAUACGACGAUUACUGGCGUCCGUAUUGGUCGCCGCCGGCGCCGUGGUAUGGUUACGAGACGCCGAGUUAUUCGCCAGUGUCUUUCUGCCCUCCAGAAAUCUACUACACCAACCGACUGAUUUGCUACAACUCUGGAUUUUUCUUCAAAAGCCGCAACAACCAGAACUCGGACAGAUAUAACAGAAACAAGAAGUCGAAGGCCAGGGCUUUUCAGGAACGCCUAGAGUUGCAGAACAAGUUCAACGGAAACCCUUACGCAGUUAAAAAUGUCAUCUUGCUCUAAUCAGAUGAAACUACACAAUUUCUGAAAUUUAUAAAAUGGCAAAGUCCUUGAUAAAAAUCAAUAUUGCCUCGAUUUUUAUCGUAGCUCGAUCAACUUUUCAGUUUAACAAGUUUUAAACUUAAUUGUUGAGCUUGAUGACCAUAUUGAUUGUCCUGUAAAUAUUCUCCUUAAAUAAAUAAAUAUCCAAUCUUUUACAUUAAAACGUCUAA